AUGAAUAAAUUUAAAGAACCAUUAAAAGUUUUUUCUUUACCGGAAGAAAUGUUACAAGACAUUACUUUUAAAAAUACUUCAAUUAACCUAAAAUCAGAAAAAAUUCUCCAUGAUAACUGCGAUAUUAAUAAAGAAGUUCAAGAGCAAUUAAGCAACACCAGCAUUACCACCAUCAACACCGCUACCGCAAAAUCAUUUUCAUGUUUAGUAUGUGGCAUUACGGAUUUUGAGGACGGUGAACAACAACGAACCCAUUUCAAAUUGGAUUGGCAUCGUUAUAAUGUUAAACGUCAUGUUAAAUAUUUAGAAGCUGGUAAAUUUAAAAAUUAUCAACCGAUAAGUGAGCAGAACUUUGAAGAAAUUAUGAAUGACAGUAUGUCAAGUAUUUCAGGAUCUGAUACAGAAUUGGAAGAUGAAGAGGAAAUAGAUGAAGACAAUGGCGCGAUAACUCUUCAAGGAGGAAGUCAAUCAAGCAAUGAUAAUUCAAAAGGAAAAGCAAAAUCAGCAGGAGCAGAUUUAAGAAGAUAUAAUGAAAUGGCAUUAUCUAAAGAGAUAAGAGAAUUGAUCGAGGAAUGGAGAUUGAUGAUUGAUCAGAGUGAAUUGAUAUUUAUGCAUGCACCCGGAAGAAAUAAAAAAAUAAUUUAUGGGUAUGAAAAUGCGGUUUUAAAAAAAGAUGAUCCACGUAUUUCCACGUUUCCGUUUUCUACAAGACGACCGACAUUCAAGGAAUUGGAAAGAAGUUUUAAUGAAUUGAUUACUGUAAAAAUAUUUGAACUGUCAUUAACAACAGAAGAAGGUGAUGAAGAUGAUAAAAAUAAAGAGGAUGAUUUAUUAAAAGAUAAAUCAUCACAAGAACGGAAAGAGGACUUUGUGGAAUAUUUAUUGAAACAAGGAGCAAACCCGACACAAACAUCCAAAAUCAAAAAUAUGACAGCAUAUGAAAUAGCAAAAGACAAAGAGACAAGGAAUGUUUUCCGUAGAUUUAUGGCUGAUGAACCUGAUAAAUACGAUUGGAAAUUAGCACGAGUUCCGAGUUAUAAAGUUGGUACUAAAGCUACUACUACUGAAUCGUCAUCGUCUGAAGUAUAUUUAAUUGGAUUAACACCUGAAGAACGUUUAAAUAUCGAAAGAGAGAAAAGGGCAAGAGCAGCUGAAGAAAGAUUAUUAAAAUUAUCAAAUAGAGGAGUUACAACUAACAUUAAUAAUAAUAAUAUUUGUAAAAUGUGCAGAAAAUCUUUGUCAGGAUUAAUUCCAUUUGAUAAAUUUAAUUUAAAAUUUUGUAGUACUCAAUGCGUCAGGGAUUUUAAUAAAUAG